CAAAAUUUCCAAAUCCUUUUACAAUAAGGAAUCAAAUUUGAUAAAUGCAAGAAAAUCAGCAAAAAUAAGGAAAAAAAUAAAAAACGUGAAGAUCUCCAAAAAUAGGGAGCAAAGCUUCAAUGGCGGAGUUUCCACCUCGACACUUGAAAGUAAAGAAAACCCAACCCACUCAACUCAACAAACCAUCCACAAUAAACACUUUCUUUCCAUUCUUUCUCGUUCCAGAAUAAAACCCAAUUACUCUAUUUUCCCGUGAUUUGACUAUUUCCCAACUCUUUUCAUUUUUCCACCAUUUCUUUAAUUCCUUCAUUUCUUGGUUCUUGCACCACAAAACUACUCCAAACGUUUAAUCUUUAUUCCUAAUCCGGUUAUUGUUGGAGUGAGAUCAAAGAUGGGGAAGGUGGCGGUCGGGGUGGCAGUGAUCGGGACCGCUGCGGUGGUGGCCGCGGCGGCACUGGUGGUGCGGCAGCGGAUGAGGAGUUCUGGGAGGUGGGCCCGGACGAGGGCGUUGGUGAAGGAGUUUGAGGAGAAAUGUGGGACCCCCGAGGCCAAAUUGAAGCAGGUUGCAGAUGCGAUGACUGUGGAAAUGCAUGCGGGUUUGGCAUCUGAGGGUGGCAGCAAGCUCAAGAUGCUCAUCAGUUUUGUUGAUAAUCUACCCACUGGUGAUGAGGAAGGAGUCUUUUAUGCACUAGAUCUCGGUGGGACAAACUUCCGUGUAUUGCGUGUUGAACUAGGAGGCAGAGAACGCGGCGUUGUCCAUCAGGAAUUUGCCGAGGCAUCAAUCCCCCCAGCUCUGAUGAGUGGGAGCUCGGAUGCACUUUUUGAUUACAUCGCGGACAAGCUUGCUGAAUUUGUGGCUGACGAAGAACGGAUAUACGAACAACCUGCUGGGAAGGAGAGGGAAUUGGGUUUCACUUUCUCGUUCCCGGUGAUGCAAACUUCGAUAAAUUCUGGAACUCUGAUUAGGUGGACGAAAGGAUUCUCUAUUGAUGACACGGUCGGCCAAGACGUGGUGGCUGAAGUAACAAAAGCCUUGAAAAGAAAGGGUGUUGAUAUGCGAGUGGCAGCUUUGGUUAAUGAUACGAUUGGAACAUUAGCAGGAGGAAGACAUGCUGACCCGGAUGUUUCUAUUGCUGUUAUAUUGGGUACUGGAACGAAUGCUGCAUAUGUCGAACGUGCUCAAGCCAUUCCAAAAUGGCAUGGCCCUUUGCCUAAGUCCGGAGAAAUGGUUAUAAACAUGGAGUGGGGCAACUUCAGAUCGUCACAUCUUCCAUUGACGGAGUACGACAUUGCAAUGGAUGCUGAAAGCCUGAAUCCGGGUGAACAGAUAUUUGAGAAGCUAAUUUCUGGGAUGUACUUGGGAGAAAUUUUACGCCGAGUUUUACUUAGGUUGGCUGAAGAAGCUUCCUUUUUUGGUGAUGAAGUUCCGGCCAAACUGAAGAUUCCAUUCGUUUUGAGGACUCCUGAGAUGUCAGCUAUGCAUCAGGAUACGUCGUCUGAUCUGAAGGUGGUGGAUGACAAACUGAAGAGUAUACUGGAGAUAUCUCAUACCUCCCUGAAGAAGAGGCGGGUGGUGAUCGAGCUGUGCAACAUAAUCGCAACACGUGGGGCCCGCCUGGCAGCGGCGGGCAUCUUGGGGAUAUUGAAGAAAGUGGGGAAGGACACUGCUAAGGAGCAUGGGGAGAAGAUUACGAUAGCCAUGGAUGGUGGCUUGUAUGAGCACUAUUCAGAGUACAGCAAGUGCUUGGAGAACACGGUGUUUGAGCUGCUCGGGGAUGCUACCGGAUCGAGCAUUGUGUUCGAGCACUUCAACGAUGGGUCCGGCAUCGGGGCCGCCCUCCUUGCUGCUUCCCAUUCGCUUUAUCUCGAAGACACGUCGUGAGAAUUGUCCCGCGCUUUCUCCCUUUUCUUUCGUUGCACUAUUUUGAUAGAGAACUCUUAGUUCUCUUGCGAUGAGGAUUGUUCCAUUUGUCUCUCGACUUAAUAUUUUUUUGCAGAAAUACGUGGAGAAAUAAAGCAGUCUUAAAUUUCAAA